AUGUCCUCAGGCGGCCUCGUCUCUGCCCUGUCUGGCUGCAAGAAAUCUAUGUCCUUCACCUGGAUCGGUUGGCCAGGAUUCUUCAUUCCUCCGAAAGACCGCCCAAUCGUCGACAAGCGGCUGAUGGAGGAGUACUCGUGUCAGGCCGUCUACCUGGACGACGAGGUCGCCGACCGCCACUACAACGGGUUCAGCAACUCGAUUCUCUGGCCGCUGUUCCACUACCACCCCGGCGAGAUGAACUUCGACGAGGAGAACUGGCUCGCGUACCGCCAGGCGAACAUGGCGUUCGCGCAGGUCAUCAUGAAGCAGCUCUCACCCGGGUCGAUGGUCUGGGUGCAAGACUACCACCUCAUGCUCCUCCCCAUGCUCCUCCGUGUCCUCAACGACGGCUCGCAGAACGUCGGCUCGACGACUGCAGUCGAAACCGAGCGUAUCCUCGAGGGCAUCGAGAUGGAGGACAUACCGCCCGCACAUGUGCCGAACGUCAAAGUCGGCUUCUUCCUGCACACUCCGUUCCCGUCCAGUGAGAUCUAUAGGAUUCUCCCUGUACGGCGGGAAAUCCUGCUCGGGACGCUGUAUUCGGACCUCAUCGGCUUCCACACGUACGACUACGCGCGACACUUCCUCUCUUCGUGCACACGCAUCCUCGCGCUCCCGACGAUGCCGAACGGCGUCGAGUUCGAGGGCCGGCUCGCGCACGUCGGCACGUUCCCGAUCGGUAUCGACCCAACGUCAUUCACGGAUAACCUCAAGAAAGAGAGCGUGCAGCAGCGGAUUAAGCAGCUGCAGCAGCGCUUCGGGGACGUGAAGGUGAUCGUGGGCGUGGACCGGUUGGACUACAUCAAGGGCGUGCCGCAGAAGCUGCACGCACUCGAGCUCUUCCUCAGCCAGCACCCGGAGUGGAUCGGCAAGGUCGUCCUUGCGCAGCUGGCCGUGCCGUCGCGGCAGGAUGUGGAGGAGUACCAGAACCUGCGCGCGAUCGUGAACGAGCUCGUUGGGCGGAUCAACGGACGGUUCGGCACGGUCGACUUUGUUCCCAUCCACUUCAUGCACAAGUCGUUGCCGUUCGAUGAGCUGUGCGCGUUGUACGCUGUCAGCGACGUGUGCCUCGUCACCUCGACCCGUGAUGGUAUGAAUUUGGUAUCAUACGAGUACAUCGCUUGCCAGCAGGAGAAGCAGGGCGUCAUGGUCCUGUCAGAGUUCGCGGGCGCGGCACACAGCCUGAACGGCAGUAUCGUCGUCAACCCUUGGGACUCGCAAGAGGUCGCCGACGCGAUCUUCCAAGCCGUGAGCAUGGACGCGGAGACUCGUGCGGAGAACCACCGCAAACUGUUCAAGUACGUGACGAAGUACUCUGCGGCGUACUGGGGCACGUCGUUCGUGCGGGAGAUGACCAAGAUCCAGACGCCGGAGGAUGAGCCCGCAGGGACGCAGAAGGGUGGCCAAGCGGAGCUAAAGCUUAAACGCGAGGACCUCAAGGGCCUCAGCUUGGUGGAGGGGAGCGUACCCAUCACCCCGCCUGCCAAUGCACCCGCGCGUAACAGCCAGUAG